AUGGUCGUCGACACGGCCUACUACGACACGCUGGGCGUGAAGCCCGCCGCCACCGAUAUCGAAAUCAAGAAGGCGUACAGGAAGCUAGCUAUUGUUCACCAUCCCGACAAGAACCCCAACGACCCCACCGCCCACGAAAAGUUCCAAGAGAUCGGAGAAGCAUACCAAGUCCUGUCCGACAAGGACCUCAGAGCAGCCUACGACAAGUAUGGAAAGGACCAUGCCAAACCGCAGGAGGGCUUCGCCGACCCCGCCGAGUUCUUCACCUCCAUCUUUGGCGGCGACGCCUUCGUCGACUGGAUCGGCGAGAUCAGCUUGAUGAAGGAUCUGACCGCAACGAUGGACAUCACGAUGCAAGAGGGCGAGGAGGGAGCCGAGGGUGCUGAGGGCGCCGAGGGCGAGUUCCCCGGCACCGAGGAGGCUAAGAAGGAGAGUAUGAAGGCUGCGGCCGAAGGCGAGAAGAAGGAUGCAGAGAAGCCCACCGCCAGCGGCACCGCCGCCGCACCGCCCCCUGCCGUCGUCGUCGAGGACGAGAAGGAAAAACUCAAGGCGCGCGACGCCGCCGAGGCCGCCGCCGCAUCCUCCGGCACUGCUACCGACGCUCCACCCCCUGCCUACCAGAGGGAACCCUCGCCCAGCCCCUCCGGCACCUCAGGCUCGAAACGCACACAGAUCCCCCUUCGCCCGGCUCUUAUGGAUCGUCCGUCGGACGAGGUCGGCGGCGUCGAGACCGAGGAGUCGCUGCGCAAGAAGGAGAAGAAGAAGGGCCUGACUAAGGAACAGCGCGAGCAGCUCGCCGCCUACGACAAGGAGCGCGCCCGGGUCCGCCAGGAGCGUGUCGACACCCUCGCCCGCAAGCUCCUCGACCGCCUAAGCGUAUGGACCGAGACCGACAAGGGGCCCGACGUCACCAAGUCGUUCCAGGAGAAGACGCGCCUCGAGGUGGAGAACAUGAAGAUGGAGUCGUUCGGCCUUGAUAUCCUGCACGCCAUCGGCCAGACCUAUCUGGCCAAGGCCACCGCGUUGCUCCGGAGCCAGAAGUUCUUGGGGAUCGGUGGCUUCUUCAGCCGCGUCAAGGACAAGGGCACUAUCGUGAAGGAGACGUGGAACACCAUUAGCAGUGCAAUCGACGCUCAGCAGACCAUCGAGGAGAUGGCACGCAUGGAGGAGAAGGGCGGCGCCGACUGGUCCGAGGAGGCCAAGGCCGAGUACGAAAGGCGGGUCACGGGCAAGAUCCUGACGGCGGCGUGGCGCGGGAGCAAGUUUGAGAUUCAGAGCGUGUUGCGCGAGGUGUGCGACUCCGUUCUCAACGACAAGAAGGUGCCGCUGGCCAAGCGCCUGGAGCGCGCCGAAGCCAUGGUACUGAUCGCGGAGAUUUUCUCCAAGGCACAGCGCACGCCCGAGGAGGAGGGCGACUACCUCGUGUUCGAGCAGCUCGUCGCCGAAGCGGCCGUCAAGAAGGAGAAGAAGAAGGGCAAGAAGCACGAACACGCGGCGGCGGCAGACGUGGCGGAAGAUGCGCCAAACGUUCCCAAGGCCGAGAAGGCGUAG